AUGGUUGGUGGGCCAGGCCGUGGUCGCCAGACCUUCACCUAUGACAGAGAGCCAUCUGAUGAGGAUGUGGAAGCAGCUAUUGCUGUUUUGAGACACUCUGCUGAUGAAAAGACUGUCCGUGAGAAGAUGAAAAUGACCUUCAUAUAUCGGCAAGCAAUGGUCAACGAUGAAGCCAAAUCAUCAGAUGUCUUCUUGGUCUUCCCAAGAUUUCUGGACACACCAGGACUGAUAGAACAAGAUUUCAGACUUCUGUUUGGUGAGGCCACGGCCAACAAAUUCUUGGAGAAGUGGCCAACCACUUUCAAAGCAAAAGUAAUAAAGGAAAGCCAUGGACUUGUACCCACCACAGAACUCUUGGAUUUAAUGCGCAAUGCUGGGUCAGCUGCUGAAGUUGAGAAUGGCUGGGACAGUGACAUGUCUGCCAUCUUGCUGCUGCUCUAUUUGCUACCACCAUCUGCACAAGGUAGAAAGAGGCCGGGAAAGCUUUCUGCAUAUCAAGCUGUAGAUCAGCUCAUCAGAUUUCAAAAGGUUGGAACCAGUGUGCAGCAGCAUCUAGACAACAUCACCCAAAGCAGUCAGCCCUACCUUCUCGCCCAGGGAUCCACACAGAGCACCAUUCACUCCUACUUCAUUGUGGUUGACAAGCAUGCACUUCCAUGCAAGGCAAAAGGUUCAGUUGGAGCUUUUGAUCGAACUCUUUAA